CCACAUGGGUGAAGAUGAUGGGGCUCCCACCACUACCAACAUCACCACCUCCUCCUCCACCAUUGCAACGCUCCCUGAAGCAAAAGGCAACAUUUCCAUUUCGUAUCACAGCUUCCUUAAACUCUCUUUCCUCUCUGCAUCCCCUCUUUCUAAUAGAGGGAGGGAAGGACCUUCCAUGUCUGCCACUUUGAGUACUCGUUCCAGUCGCAUGUCCAUUCUUUUCCAGAGCAUCCUGUCCCGUGUUUGGCCAUCGUCCUUUUACCUCUAUUGCACAAACAGGAUGCUGGAUUCCCUCUCCCACGUUUUCAUCCUCUCUUUCUUUUCCAUCUUUAAACGAGGCACUGUGCUUUAGUUGGCAUAAUACACCAACCUUGAUUAUCCUCGUGGGAUAUGUCACAGGCUGAGCAAAGGCAGAUUAGAAAAGAAGCUGUCUCCCGUGCCACCAUUUCCCUGCCAGCCCCUAUAUAUAUAACCUCCAACAAGAGUCUUACCAAACACGAAAAAAAUUGACAGCCUCUACUGAAGCCCCUCUUCAUACUAAGAGAGGUUCACGACAUGUUUUCUUGCACGAGAAACUUCUUCCAGCGGUUCUGCUACGAUGAGUUUCAGACCGAGAGCAUCAGCCAUGGAAGCUUCUUCUCGAGUGAUCUUCUUCCCUCUCUCGGCGCUAGAAUCAACCAGGCAACAAAGCUUCGGAAAUAUAUCAUUUCUCCCUAUAACCCCCGGUAUAGGGCUUGGGAGAUGUUACUUGUCGUCCUAGUCCUUUACUCUGCAUGGAUUAGCCCAUUCGAAUUUGCAUUUAUAGCAUACAAGAAGGACGCCCUCUUCGUUGUGGAUCAUGCUGUGAAUACCUUCUUCGCUGUUGACAUUGUUCUCACUUUCUUCGUGGCAUACUUGGACAGCCACACUUACCUUCUUGUCGAUGAUCCCAAGAAAAUUGCCAUCAGGUACCUGUCCACCUGGUUUCUUUUUGAUGUCUGUUCAACUGCACCCUUUCAGUCCAUCGGUCUUCUACUCAUGAACAAUGGUGGCCUUGGGUUCAAAGCACUCAGCAUGCUCAGAUUGUGGCGUCUCCGACGAGUCAGUGCUCUGUUUGCAAGACUAGAGAAGGACAUACGGUUCAACUAUUUCUGGACAAGGUGCACAAAGUUGAUAUCUGUAACCCUGUUUGCAGUCCACUGUGCUGGAUGCUUUAACUACUUAAUCGCCGAUCGAUACCCUGACCCGCAGAAAACAUGGAUUGGUGCAGUAAACCCAAACUUCAAAGAGGACUCUCUCUGGAACAGAUAUGUCACUGCAAUGUAUUGGUCCAUCACAACAUUAACAACAACCGGUUACGGGGACUUGCACGCAGAAAACCCAAGGGAGAUGCUAUUUGACAUCUUUUACAUGUUUUUCAACCUAGGGCUCACAUCCUACCUCAUUGGGAAUAUGACAAACCUUGUGGUCCACUGGACAAGCCGCACCAGAAACUUUAGGGAUACGGUCAGGACUGCUUCGGAGUUUGCAGUACGGAACCAGCUGCCCCCUCGUAUACAGGAUCAGAUGCUAUCGCACCUCUGUCUUAAGUUCAAAACUGAAGGACUGAAGCAGCAAGAGACCUUAAAUGGCCUCCCAAAAGCCAUCCGGGCAAGCAUAUCGCAGUAUCUGUUCUUGCCCAUUGUUCAGAAAGCCUACCUAUUCCAAGGGGUUUCUCAUGACUUCCUAUUCCAAUUGGUUCCAGAAAUGGAGGCAGAAUAUUUCCCACCAAAGCAGGAUAUACUAUUGCAGAACGAGGCCCCAACAGAUAUCUAUUUACUGGUCUCAGGGACAGCGGAUGUAAUAUCUAAACAUAACGGGCAUGAUCAGGUUAUUGUCAAGGCAACUUCAGGAGACCUUUUUGGUGAAAUUGGAGUUAUGUGUCAGAGGCCACAGCCAUAUACUGUCCGAACCAGAGAGAUAUCCCAGAUACUGAGGCUCAACAGAACUUCGCUUAUUAACACCAUACGGUCAAACAAGGAAGAUGGUCCCAUUAUAGUGAAGAACUUCUUCAUGAAACUGGAAGGGCCAGAAUGCGUAAAUGUUCCAUACCAGCAUUCUGAUCCAAGAUUUGUGCUCAAUGAGUGGCUUGACGAAGGACCAACUCAAAGAAGUCAUGAAAACUCCACAAGUCAAAUUUAUGCAGUAGGAGAUGACCAAACAAUGCCACAAGCAAGGGACAGGAACUUCUCAAAGUCCCAGGAAGUGCAAAAUGAUCACGUAACAAACUACGGCCAUUAUGCCACAUCCAUGGUAGAUAUAAACUCAACAAGUGAUGAUGGCCAAACAGGUCUACAUGAUGCUGUUUGCAAGGGACACAUUGAAAUGGUCAAGAUUCUUCUGGAAGGAGGAGCAAAUAUGCAUAAAUUGGAUGCUCGAGGUUGGACUCCAAAAGCUCUAGCAGAACACCAAGGGAGCAAAAGCAUGUAUGACCUCUUAGAUAGCUACGAACAGAGACAGAUAGGAAAGGAGCAUAGAAUCGACUUAAGUGGUCCAGAAAUAGUCGGUACCAGCAUGCAUGAUGACCAAAACAAAGCAGAAAACCAUGGGGGCACUGGGUAUUUUAAAUAUCAUCCCAGCAAAGCAUCAGUCUCCGAGACAAGCCAUCACAAAUCUUACUCAGUUCAGGAAUCCACCAAGAAAAGAGUUACUAUCCACAUGCAGGUUCCAACUGGUAAAACAUCAACAAGACAACUUGGAAAGUUAAUAAUCCUGCCUGAUUCCAUCGAAGAACUACUCAGAGUUGCCGGUGAAAAGUUUGGAGGCAACCACCCUGCAAAAGUAGUUAAUGCAGAGAAUGCAGAAAUAGACGACAUACGCGUCAUCCGCGAAGGUGACCAUUUGUUUCUUCUUCAGAACAUGCAUGAAAAGAUGGAUUACAAAGUGACUUGACAACUUAUCCAUAGACAACCAUGCAUGCAUGUCAGUAGCCUGUAAUUGGAGGCAGCAUAUAGUUAGAAGUCUAUGGUAGAAUUAACCAUCAAGGCUGCAACUGUACUAUAAGUGAGAGAGAUCAAUAACAGAUAGCUUCUUCAGUAAUUGUCUCCUCAUACUGGACAUGAGGAAAAUGUCUAGGAGAAACCCGAAAAUAAUAUAGGGGAUGGACAAGUCGAUACUGCUGGGGCAAAUCUUUCGGCACUCCCAGGACAUGCUUGCAGUUAAUGUUCCCAAAGGUGUUCGAUUAGGAAAAGUAAAGACCUUUUCUGCAAUUCUCCUCUCGGUAAAGUACCUAUUCUGUAUCAACACGAAGAAGAGAGAAGAGGACUAACUAAUCUGCAUGAAAUGGCAGAUGAUGACAAUGUUACAUAUAUUCCACAAACUGAGCAGGAGAAAAAACAUUAUCCAUCUCUGAAUUUAAUAGAAGAAUUGCUUACACUGAGGCAAGCCUCUUAGGUAAAGCAAAGAACAAAAGAAAGCAACGGGAAAUUUAAUUUGUACAUGCGAGAAAAACUUAAUCGGUUCUACAUUA